AUGGCGGAGCAGAGGAAUCGGUGGAACUGGGAGGUGAGUGGCUUCGAGCCGAGGUCGGUAGAGGCGGAGCAGCCGCUUGUGCGGCGGUACUCGAUCUCGAAGACGCGAGAGAAUUCGGAGUUAUCGAAGCAGGCUCUAGCCUCCAAAGUCCACCGAUUGGAAGAUAAAAUCAAGCUUGCGAAAGAGGAUUACUUGGAGUUGAGACAAGAAGCAAGUGAUUUACAGGAGUAUUCAAAUGCGAAACUUGAUCGAGUUACCCGUUAUCUAGGAGUCCUUGCUGAAAAAACUCGUAAGCUAGAUCAAGUUGCCUUUGAAACCGAGGCUAGAAUAUCUCCACUCAUCAAUGAGAAGAAAAGAUUGUUCAAUGACUUGUUAACGGCCAAAGGAAGCAUCAAGGUGUUUUGUCGUGCAAGACCAUUAUUUGAAGAUGAAAGCCCUUCUGUUGUUGAAUUUCCUGAUGAUUGCACAAUCCGCGUCAAUACUGGUGAUGAUACCAUCUCCAACCCCAAAAAAGAUUUUGAAUUUGACAGAGUUUAUGCACCUCAUGUGGGACAAGCUGAGCUGUUCACAGAUGUUCAACCAUUUGUGCAAUCUGCUUUGGAUGGGUAUAAUGUUUCUAUGUUUGCUUAUGGACAAACUCGCUCUGGAAAGACGUACACUAUGGAAGGAUCUAGCCACGAUCGUGGGUUAUAUUCUCGUUGUUUUGAAGAGUUGUUUGAUUUGGCUAACUCAGAUUCAACUUCAACUUCUCGGUUCAAUUUCUCUGUUACAGUUUUUGAGAUCUGCAAUGAACAGAUAACUGAUUUGCUGUCAGAGUCUGAGAGUACUUUGCAGAAGAUACGCUUGGGAUCACCAGAAUCUUUUAUAGAGCUCGGACAAGAAAAAGUUGAUAACCCAUUGGACUUUUCUAAAACCUUGAAAGCUGCAUUUCAGAAACGGGGAAAUGACAUAUCAAAGGUUGUAGCAGUGCACAUAUAUUAUAACAAUCUGAUCAGUGGAGAGAACUUGUAUAGCAAGCUUUCUCUUGUUGACCUGGCUGGAAGUGAAGGUCUAAUAGUAGAAGAUGAUAGCGGUGAGCGUGUGACCGACAUGCUCCAUGUGAUGAAAUCACUCUCAGCGUUGGGAGAUGUCAUGUCCUCUUUAACUUCAAGGAAGGAAGUUGUUCCUUUUGAAAAUUCAAUGCUGACAAAAGUUCUUGCUGACUCCUUAGUUGCUCUUAAGAUGCUAGUGCAUGAGAGAAAAAUACGGUGGGGGAAUUCAAAAGCUCUGGUUAUACUCAAUGUGUGUCCAAGUAUUACAAAUUUGUCUGAGACAUUAUCGACUCUCAGCUUUGGUUCUAGGGCUAGAAAUGCUACACUAAGCCUUGGAAAUCGAGAUACAAUUAAGAAGUGGAGAGAUGUUGCAAAUGAUGCACGGAAGGAGUUAUAUGAAAAGGAAAAGGAAAUUCAAGAUCUGAAACAAGAGGUUUUGGGAUUGAAGCAAGCACUCAAAGAUUCAAAUGACCAGUGUGUCUUGCUCUUCAAUGAAAUUCAGAAGGCUUGGAAAGUUUCUUUCACACUGCAAUCGGAAUUAAAGUCAGAGAAUAUUAUGAUUGCUGACAAGCAUAAUGUGGAAAAGGAACAAAAUGCUCAGCUUAGAAAUCAAGUAGCUCAACUACUGCAGAUCGAGCUGGAACAAAAAAUGAUGAUGGAACAAAAAGAUUCCACAAUUCAGACAUUCCAGGCCAAAAUUAAAAGCAUGGAGUCACAGCUCAAUGAAGCUCGAUCAGCAUUUGGCUCAGAACCAGGGCCUGUGAUUCCAUCAAUCUCCAAGACAACUGGGGAUGGCAUGGAUUCUUCAGCAGUAGCCAAGAAACUUGAAGAAGAACUGAAAAAGCGCGAUGCAUUGAUUGAGAGGUUGCAUGAAGAAAAUGAGAAAUUGUUUGAUAGACUAACAGAGAAAGCAUCUUUAGCUGGAUCUCCCCAGGUGUCUAGUCCGUUGUCCCUAGGAACUGUGAAUGUUCAGUCUCGGGAGCUGGGAAGGUGUUUGCUCGGAUUUGAUUUUAGUUGUGAUUGCUUUGUCUUUUUACCUUCUUCAUAUAUGCAUAGCUAUAGUAAAUGUCUUUGUAAUGCUUUGUACAGAAAUGAGAACAAUAAAGGCCGUUCAAUGGAUGUUGUUCCUUCACCAGUGGGUGCUGACAAGACUGAUGGAACAAUCGCUUUGGUUAAAUCAGGUUCUGAGAAGGUUAAAUCCACCCCAGCAGGAGAAUAUCUUACAGCUGCACUAAAUGACUUUGACCCUGAACAACAUGACAGCCUUGCUGCCAUUUCAGAUGGGGCAAACAAGCUUUUGAUGUUGGGUCCUUCUAAUGUUGACCAGGGGGACACUAGAUCUCUGUGUGGUUCUGUCAUCGUCAACUGCUUUUAUUUAAGUUCAUCUUUGAACAGUGGUGUGUUUACCCCUCAGAACUGGGCAUGCUGGAAAUCUGCAUUUGCUAUGAUUGAUAUAGAGAAUCGGUUUCUUAGACUAUCUUUUAACUUCCAAGCAUUUGUCUUUGGUUUAGACAUGGUUCUGGCAGCAGUCAUUAAAGCAGGUGCUUCUAGAGAGCAUGAAAUACUUGCUGAAAUCAGAGAUGCUGUUUUCUCUUUUAUUCGCAAAAUGGAACCAAAGAGGGUAAUGGAUACCAUGCUUGUUUCCCGUGUCAGAAUUUUGUACAUAAGAUCUUUGCUUGCCAGGUCACCGGAGCUGCAGUCCAUCAAGGUUUCUCCUGUCGAGUGCUUUUUGGAAAAGGCUAAUACUGGACGAAGUAGAAGCUCCAGCCGAGGCAACAGUCCUGGAAGAUCUCCUGUGCGUUAUGUGGAGGGGCAGAUCCAAGGCUUUAAAGUGAACAUAAAGCCAGAGAGGAAGUCUAAGUUGUCGUCAGUUGUUUUGAGAAUGAGAGGGAUUGAUCAGGAUGCGUGGAGGCAGCAGGUAACUGGUGGAAAACUAAGGGAAAUUCAAGAGGAAGCAAAAAGUUUUGCAAUAGGAAACAAAGCUCUUGCUGCUCUCUUUGUUCAUACUCCAGCUGGCGAGCUGCAGAGGCAAAUUAGGUCCUGGCUUGCGGAGAAUUUUGAGUUUCUUUCGGUUACGGGAGAUGAUGCAUCGGGAGGGACCACUGGUCAAUUAGAACUCCUUUCAACUGCAAUUAUGGAUGGUUGGAUGGCUGGACUGGGUGCUGCAUUGCCUCCCAGUACAGAUGCUCUCGGCCAGCUUCUAUCUGAGUAUGCAAAGCGGGUUUUUACUUCUCAAUUGCAACACUUGAAGUACAUACACAGUGCAGUUGCUUCCCUUUUGUGUAGAGUUGCUGUUAUACUUGAGAAACUUAUUGCUUCAUGGAAUUCUCUUCCGGACAAGGGCUCUGAUAAUUCUGAUCAGAAAUGGAUGGACUAUACCAUUUAUGCUGUCCCUGAUGAUAGAGAUGCUUGGGAACUUGUCAUAAGAAGUUGGCUGUGGAAUUUGGCAAGUAAAAAAUUAGAUUCACAUUUCCUCUGCCCGUGGAAUCAUGCUGAGGAAUCAUCUAAAGAAGAGUGUUGCACCUAUAUGGCUAACUGCACUCCUCGAGUACAAAUGACUCUUAAUCCUCAUAUUCAUAAGGAUAUUGCCGGGACGUUAGCAUCAGAAGAGGCAGAAGAUGCAGCACAGGUAGCGAAACUGCGUUCAGCUCUUGAGUCUGUUGAUCACAAAAGAAGAAAGAUUUUGCAACAAAUGAGAAGUGAUGCAGCUUUAUUAACGUUGGAAGAUGGUGGUUUGCCUGUUCAAAAUCCUUCCACUGCUGCCGAAGAUGCACGAUUGGCAUCUCUUAUUUCUCUUGAUGGCAUAUUGAAGCAAGCGAAGGAUGUAUUGAGGCAAUCCUCUGUGAACACCUUGAGUAAAUCGAAGAAGAAAAUCCUGCUUGGUUCUCUGGAUGAACUUGGGGAAAGGAUGCCUUCUCUUCUUAACAUUGAUCAUCCAUGUGCCCAAAGGCAAAUUGCAGAAGCUCGUCACGUGAUUGAGUCAAUUCCUGAAGAAGAUGACAGCCUUCAUGAGUUGGCACAUGCUCGAAAAUCUUCUGCUGAUUUAGGGUCUGGUACAGAAACCGAUGUGGCACAGUGGAAUGUUUUGCAAUUUAACACGGGCUCUACAACCCCGUUUAUCAUCAAGUGUGGAGCAAACUCAAACUCGGAACUGGUUAUUAAGGCUGAUGCCCGAGUUCAGGAACCUAAAGGUGGUGAAAUUGUGAGGGUAGUUCCAAGACCAUCUAUUUUGGAAAAUAUGAGCUUGGAUGACAUGAAACAUAUAUUCUCUCAACUUCCUGAAGCUUUAAGUUUGCUUGCUCUAGCAAGGACUGCAGAUGGUACCCGAGCGAGGUAUUCUCGACUCUAUAGAACUUUAGCUAUGAAGGUUCCCUCAUUGAGGGACCUAGUUGGCGCACUUAUGCUUCAAAUCAUUGGUCUUUCACUCUUCGUCUUCGGCUUCUUCCCCGUCAAACCAGCUCUCUCCGGCGUCAGUGACAAUGUCAGCGGUCCUGAGAGUUUUUACUACGACGCCGACGACGAUUCCGUUGCAAAUCAGACGCAGACGUCUUUGCCUCCUCCUUAUCACCUUAAAUCGCUCUAUCAGGAGCUAUCCGGAAUCCCUCCUUUGUUCGACCGACUAAUUUUGAUGGUUAUUGAUGGUCUUCCAGCUGAAUUUGUGCUCGGUAAGGACGGCCAGCCUCCACCGGAGGAUUUUGUCAAAGCCAUGCCGUAUACUCACUCAUUGCUUUCUAAUGGAAUGGCAAUUGGCUACCAUGCAAAGGCUGCACCUCCUACUGUUACCAUGCCUCGUUUGAAGGCUAUGGUUUCUGGUGCGAUAGGGGGAUUCUUAGACGUGGCUUUCAAUUUUAACACACAAGCUAUGUUAGAUGAUAAUCUUCUUGGUCAAUUUCUUAGGAUCGGUUGGAAAAUGGUGAUACUUGGUGAUGAAACUUGGCUCAAAUUGUUUCCAGGAUUAUUCAUGAGACAUGAUGGAGUUAAAGACACGGUACAGGUAGAUCAAAAUGUUUCUCGAAAUUUGGAGAGUGAGCUUAACAGAGACGAUUGGAAUCUUCUGAUUCUUCAUUAUCUGGGUUUGGAUCAUGUUGGGCAUAUUGGGGGACGCAGCAGUAUUUUGAUGGCUCCAAAACUUAAGGAGAUGGAUGAAGUGGUGAAAAUGAUUCAUUUGAGCACUAUCCAGACUCAAGAUAAUGGUCGAGGAAAGACACUUCUGGUGGUAGUAAGCGAUCAUGGCAUGACUGAGAAUGGGAAUCAUGGGGGCUCUUCAUAUGAAGAAACUGACUCAUUAGCUCUUUUUGUUGGCCUUAAAAAUGAUUUCUUUGAUCAUGCACCGUCCUCUUAUAAUUCCAUUUACCAGGUUGACAUUGCUCCAACAUUAGCUCUUCUACUUGGUGUGCCGAUUCCUAAGAACAAUGUUGGUGUUCUGAUUUCAGAAGCAUUUGAUUUAUUGACAGAUGAUAAAAAACUGAGAGCAUUGGAAUUGAAUUCCUGGCAGCUGCUCCGAUUAAUCCAAGCACAAUUACCAGGUUUCUCAUGCCGAAACUUGCCAAGUCACUAUGGCUUUACAGAUGGUUUUGCGUCUACAAGUGUAGAAUGCAGUGGUAGUAUGGAGAAGAUGUUGUGUUGCCUAUAUAUGAAAGCCGUAAAUCUUCACAGUUCCUGGAAGUCAAAGUCAGUCUCCAGGUCUAAGAGUAGGGAUGAUUACAGCUGCACUGUUGCAGCAUAUCUUCAGUUUCUGAAAACUGCAAGUGAGUGGUUAUCACGCAGAGUCACUGAUAAACCUGUUGGCUUACUUGCUGUUGGGAUUGUGGCAAUGGCCUUAUCAUCUCUAAUAUUAUUAGGCCUUAUGAUUUGCAUGAGUACAGACGAUCGAUCUGGAGAGAACCAACACCUUUGUAACUCAAGCACUGGCAUGCACAAGUGGUCUGUAGAUGAGAUCUUUAUAUUGGGUGUUGUUUUAAUUCUUGUUAUGAGUAUGGCUUCGAGUUCUAUGGUAGAGGAAGAGCAAUAUAUUUGGCAUUUUGUUUUAUCCACAUCAUAUGUGCUAUUACUCCGAAAAGCAGUUCAGCCUCUUGCAUCAGAAAGUGCAAAGAGCUUUUUCAAAUUGUUGAAGGGACAAACAGAAAGAGGUGAUUUUCGCAUGCCUUCCAUCAUUUUGCUUCUUAUUUGUGGAAGAAUUUUGAGAGGCUGGCACCAAGGUGGUGUAAACUGGACGUAUCUUCCAGAUAUUUCAAAGUGGCUCGAACAGGCUGGGGUUAACCAUAUGAGAUCAAUUCAGCUAGCCUCGGGACUGCUAGUGAUCAGUUUAAGCAUAUUUGCUUUGUUUUUAUUUGGAUAUAGGAGAAAAAUCAUUCAAUUAGUUGGAUUUUGCUUUCUUAUAUGUGGAUUGCUGGUUUUAUGGCAUCUUUAUCACAACAAUGCAUUUGUAUCAGCCGGUUACGAUGCUGCUACACUGGUGCAGAUAAUAUAUGCAAGUCUUGGUAUUGCUACAAUUGGUACUGUUGUAGCUUUACCAUGGCUCAUACCUCUUCGGUUCCCUGGUACAUGUUCAACAAAUAAUGUGAAAUCAAAUUUGGUUUCUUUUGACGGGCAAGGCAUAUUUCCAUUGGUGGAAUUCAGAGAUUGUUCAUAUUCAAUUGGGUUGGCAUAUAUAAUAUGUUGGUGUCUUCUGCAGCUGUUGCUUCAGCAGCCAAUCAAUUCAAUGCCCAUCUUUUUGCUUCUCAUGCAGAUCUUCUCAACUAUGCUCUACUUUUCUUGCACUGGGCUACAGCAUAUUGAAGUGGAGGUUGCUUUGUUGUACUAUAUGGGAAUGGCUGGCCAUUUUGCUCUCGGGAACAGUAAUACUCUAGCCACUAUAGAUGUUGCUGGAGCUUAUUUUGGCCUGUCAAGUCACUCAACGUUACUUUCUGGCAUUUUGAUGUUCAUCAUUACCUACGCCUCCCCAAUGUUAUUUCUUCUUAGCAUGCUGAUGUACAUCUCAGCGAAGUGCACAAGCUAUCUUGCAAAUCUUCAGAAUGUAGAUUUGGGGCAUCUUGCGAAGAUGAUGCUUGGCUUUUCUUGUCUGGUUCCAUUGGGCUUGAAUUCAAUUCUGCUGACUUCAUACACUAUUGUAUUGCUGUUAAUGAGGAACCAUUUGUUUGUUUGGAGUGUCUUCUCUCCGAAGUACUUGUAUGCUUGUGCCACAACCGUUUGCAUCUAUACAGGGGUCUUUGUAGUGGCUGCCACUGAGAUUUAUACAUAUUGGGUCCUGGCACUGCGUAGAAAGAGGCAGAUCUCAAAACGAUAA